AUGGUCUCGGAGCUGAAGACAGGGUUCACCAGCGCCCUGCUGGAGCUCAGUCAGAUCCAACAUGGAGACACUUACCUGAGGGAGGAGCUGGAGGAGAACAGGAGGACCUGUCAGAAAAAAGCUGUGCGACUGGAGGCUCUGGUCGAGUCGCUGCGGGAGGAACUUGGUGUGAUGCAGUCUCAGGUCCUGCAGCUCUGCAGUAACACACAAAGACCUCAGGAGGAUGGAAAGAGCUCCAUGUCAAAACAAAGGGAAAGUGAUCCAGUCGAUCCGGCCGGGGGACGGUGUCAGUGUGACUGGUCGUCUGCUCCUUCGGCCUGCCUGUCCAGAGGGAAACUGCUCCUCCACUGUUUCCUGCAGGGCCUCAAAGCAGGACUGAACGAGGGCACAGAUGCACGACAUCAGGUGGCAAUGCAGCUUCUCCACUCUGAGUGGGAGUACGUGUCAACCUUAAACCAGCUGUACGACAAAUAUAAGACACCACCUGCUCACCUGAUGACUCUGGAACCGUAUCAGACGUAUCUGAAGUUUGCGGAGCAGCUGUUGCAGCGACAUCUGCUCUUCAGAAACACUCUGCAGGAGCGACUUUCUGCUGAGCACUGGAAAUCUCUGGUGGGAGACAUCCUAGUGCAGCUCAUCGGUCAAAAUGAUACAAUGUUUUCUGAUAUGUACCUCGGCUACACAACAACCCUGGCAUCAUUCCUCUCCCUGGAGUUCGACAGACUGAAUCAUUGUGAGAAAAAACACAAAAUACAGAUCGGCCAGAUGGAGAGAGAGGAAAUGAAACUGCUCUCUCUGCUUUUGGCACCCGUCUCUCGCAUCCACAGCUACCUGAGUCACAUCCAGAACUUGUUGCAGUGGACAGGUAAAGAGCAUCCUGACUGCAGCCUCCUCCUGGGAACCGAGCGAGCACUGAGGAGCGUUUUGUCUCGCUGUCAUGUGAUCCUGGAGGAAGAGGUCCGAUGGGAGGAAGGAGAGGAAGCUGAACAAAGCAACUACUGUGACGCAGCAGCCGGCGGGCCCUCUACAAAUGGUUGCAUGAGGCUUCAUCAGACCAGAGAGAGUCAGCAGGGCAGGGGGGAGUCAAACCCUGCGGCUCAGAGGGACGACCAGCAGGCUGUGAACCUCACUAACGGGGUUGACGGCAGCCACUCAAUGCGUCUGGAGUGCUGGUCCUGCAGUCCAGUGAGGAGGAAGGGCUGUGAAAGAGACCUGCCAUUCCUGAACCAGCAUGCGGCCUGCGGACACGCUUACUGCUCCCUCCUCACACCGGAGACUCCAGGAUGGGGAGAGAACAGUGAUUCGGGCCAGGGCACCUUCAGCCAGCCCACUGGGAAGGGAACCAACGAGCUGGAGGCGCCUCAUGCCAACCAAAGCCUUGAUGAUGGCGAGACAGACCCAGAUGACACCUCGGCCUUCGACUACUCCUCUGUCACCUCCUGCAGCCCCGAUGGCACCCUGCGCAGGGAGAUGAUGGGCAGCAACAGCGGGGAGGAUGAAGAGGACAGCCAGGUGCCGGUGCUACUGAAGCCCUCGUACAGCCAGCAGCAGCAGUCCAGAGAUGCACCCAGAGAGAGGACUGUGUGUCUGAGGUGGCAGAUUCCCAGAUUAACCCCUCACCCUCCUCUGAGAACCCCCGCAGGGCAGUGUGCGGAAAGGCUGGCGCCCUGCCUCGUCAGCUCCUACGGGAAGAGGCUAGUCAGCGUCAGGAAAGGGUCACCACCUCUCCAUCCGAAAAGUGCCUUCAGGCCCAUCUGGGAUGACCCGUCCAAACAGGCGGAUUCGGCUCCAGAGAAGGACAACAGACAAGGCUUCAUGCCAAUCCAAGCUCCAGCGAGGCAGAGCUUUCAGAAUUUCAACCCAAGCAGAGAAAACCUGAGACCAAGCCUGGUUCAGCAGCGAGGCGGCCACGCUGCACCCCCGCAGAGCAGUGGAGGAUUGUGGGAAGACAGUGAGGACAGCGAGGGACCCUGCAGCACAGUUUGA